GGAGGGAGCGGGAUGGGGAAGGCAGGUCUGUGUUCGCGCCAGUAAGGAGAACAGCAGAGCAGUCAGCGCGCUGGGCGCCCGCACGCCGCAAAUCCUGGCCCUGCUACGCGGCUGGGGCCCUUUCCUUCCUCCCGGCUGCCUCCAGCCCACCCUGGGCCCCUGCAGCCCAGCUGUGUCCUCAGCGCUUUCCCCGCGCCCAGGGCCGGCCACGCGUCCCGGCGGCUCCCGGGGGUCCCCAGCGUCAGGAGCAUCCCUGGCCGCGGCGGGGAGAGGCAGCCGGCCGCAAGGGCGCUUGUUGGCGCUCGGCGCUGUCCCUGGGCCCGCCGCCUGUUGGCACUGCGCCCACCCGGCGCCCCGCCCCGCAGGAACGCAGGGCGCGCCGGCGGCCGCAGCGCUUACCCUCCUGCGCCUCUGAGCCUCGCGCCCAGUCCUCGCGCGCAGCGGCUCGGCGUGCGUCCCCAGCCCAGCUGUCCACUGUGCCGCCACCAUGGCAGCCUCCUCCGCGCGGCCCACCGUCUUGGCCCUGACCGGGCUGGCGCUGCUCCUGCUGCUGUGCAUGGGCCCAGGUGGCAUAAAUGGAAACAAACUCAAGUUGAUGCUUCAGAAACGGCAAGCACUUGCUCCAGCGAAGACAGAAGUGGCUGUUGAUGAGAACAAAGCCAAAGAAUUCCUUAGUAGCCUGAAGCGGCAGAAGCGGCAGCUGUGGGACCGGACCCGGCCGGAGGUGCAGCAGUGGUACCAGCAGUUCCUCUACAUGGGCUUCGACGAAGCGAAAUUUGAAGACGACAUCUCCUACUGGCUAAACCGAGAUGGGAACGGACACGACUACUACGGCGACUACUACCAACGUCACUACGAUGAAGACUCGGCAAUCGGCCCCCGGAGCCCCCACAGCUUCAGGCAUGGUGCCAGUGUCAACUACGAUGACUACUAGCCCUACUCAACACACUGUGGACCGGAAACCAACAGUGCCUGUCUUCACGGCUCUCCUCAUGCCUUAUCCUAUUGGGUUUCUGCUGGGCUUGAUCUCCACAGAUCUUUUCUACCUACUUUGACCACAACCAAAGAGUUAAAACCAAGAAUAUAAGUGCCUUUUGAUAGUUCAUGCAAAGUCCCUAAUAAUGUAUCUAUCUCAUUUCAAAAUAGAAAUAAAAAGCAUUUUGUUAAAAAGAA